AAAGAGGCGUGGCCAAGAAAACAGGCUGCCAGUAAAACUGCCAGAAGCGGCUCGGCACAGUCAGUGUAGGGAGAAGCAGGGAUCUACAGUGAGGGCGAACUUUGUUGCUAUGAAACUUAGGACUAUUCGCAAAAUAUUGUCAAAAUUGCCAAAAACCCCCGUGAAUCCAUGGGCUGCCCCUAGGGUGGGAGGUUUUUAGUUCAGUUUGCCCGGCGGGGAGCCUCGCCACUCACACUUUGUGACACUUUUUUUGUGUACUGGAAAGAAUGUGUGAGAGAGACAGUUAGCCGGCUAGCUAGUUAGCAGCUAGCUAGCUAGCCGAGGAGGUGACACGGGCAGCAAGCGGCGGGAGAGAACAAAAGAUUUUUAUUUUGAUUUUUUUGGGAGGGGGGUGAUCUUUUUGGUUGUGUACUGACUCCCAAGUCCAUGCAGAACGUGUUGUUAGCACCACAAAAUGCCCGUUUUACUUUUCCUGGUAGACACGUCCGCGUCCAUGAACCAGCGCAGCCAUCUGGGCACUACCUAUCUGGACAUAGCAAAAGGCGCUGUUGAGACUUUUAUGAAGCUCCGAGGGAGAGAUCCGGCGAGCAGAGGGGACCGGUACAUGUUGGUAAAUUAUGAAGACAUUCCGUACGGGAUCAAGGCGGGAUGGAAAGAGAGCCACGCCACAUUCAUGACGGAACUGAGGAACCUGCAGGCCACAGGGCUCACCAGCAUAGGCCAGUCACUGAGGACCGCCUUUGACCUGCUCAAUCUCAAUAGACUAGUGACUGGCAUUGACAACUAUGGGCAGGGAAGAAACCCUUUCUUUCUCGAGCCCGCGAUCAUCAUCGCCAUCACCGAUGGCAACAAGUUGACCACCAGUGCGGGGGUCCAAGAUGAGCUCCAUCUCCCCUUGACGACGCCCCUGCCGGGGAGCGAGCUGACCAAGGAGCCCUUCCGCUGGGACCAGCGUCUGUUCGCGCUCGUGCUGCGAAUCCCUGGCCACGCGUCGGUGGAGCCCGAACCGGUGGGCGGCGUCCCGUCCGACGACUCGCCCAUCACGCCCAUGUGUGAAGUCACUGGAGGGCGUUCAUACAGUGUGUUCUCACAACGGAUGUUGAAUCAGUGUCUGGAGUCUCUGGUCCAAAAGAUCCAGAGUGGCGUGGUCAUUAACUUUGAGAAGACCGGGCCCGACCCUCCCCCGUCGGACGAUGCUCCACCCGAGGCGUUAAAGGCCGGCCCGCAGCCUUGGCAUUGCUGCCACAAGCUCAUCUAUGUCCGGCCCAAUCCCAAAACGGGCGUUCCCAUCGGACACUGGCCCGUACCCGAGGCCUUCUGGCCGGACCAAAACUCCCCCACGCUGCCCCCCCGCUCGGCCCACCCGCAUGUCCGCUUCUCCUGCCUGGACGCCGAACCCAUGGUGAUCGACAAGGUUCCCUUCGACAAGUAUGAGCUGGAGCCCUCGCCGCUCACCCAGUACAUACUGGAGAGGAAGUCUCCACACACCUGCUGGCAGGUGUUUGUAUGCAACAGUGCCAAAUACAGUGACCUAGGCCAGCCCUUUGGCUACCUGAAGGCCAGCACGGCGCUCAACUGCGUCAAUCUGUUUGUCAUGCCCUACAACUACCCCGUACUUCUGCCGCUUCUGGACGACCUCAUCAAAGUGCACAAGUUCAAGCCCACCCUCAAGUGGCGGCAGUCCUUUGAGAACUACCUGAAGACCAUGCCGCCGUACUACAUCGGGUCUCUAAGGAAGGCGUUGAGGAUCAUGGGAGCACCCAACCUUCUGGCAGAAAACAUGGAGUAUGGCCUGAGUUACAGCGUGGUGUCCUACCUCAAGAAGUUAAGCCAGCAGACCAAAAUGGAGUCCGACCGCCUGAUCGCCUCCAUCGGAAAGAAGGCGCCGCCCGAGUCCGGCAUCAAGGUACGGUGGAGGGGCGGAGGGAUCUCGCUGGCCCAGCGCAGAGACUUCAUCCAGCAGCUUCAGAGUCUCUCAGGCGAUGCCCCGGCGCCACCCCUGGAGCUCAACCCGAAAGAGUUCCAGGGCUUCCACCUGGCACUCCUUAACAAGGGCUUGAAGCCUCAGAGUUUCCGGAACCCUUAUGACAUUCCCCGCAGUCACUUGCUGGACCAGCUUAGUCGCAUGAGGAGAAACCUUCUCAACACCACUGUCUGCACCCUGCGAGGCUACGACGCAGAUCAGGUCCACAGCGUCCCCAUCGCUCAGAUGGGGAACUACCAGGACUUUCUGAAAGCCGCUCCCCAGCCCCUCCGAGACGCCGACCCCGAGCAGCCCAAGCGCCUUCAUACCUUCGGCAACCCCUUCAAGCUGGAUAAGAAGGGCAUGAUGAUUGACGAGGCAGACGAGUUUGUGACGAGCCCUCAGAACAAAGGGAAGAGGCCCGCGGACAACAAUUUGACGGGCGGCGGACCUAAGAGAAGGCGCUGCAUGUCACCUUUACUACGCCUAGGCCGGGCCUACACGCCCCCUAUUACUCCUCCAGCCAGCCCUCGACCCACCUCAGACGUGGGUGAGAGUGACGGAGAACCAGACCUGAUCAUCAACCACCUCAAUCAGAACCAUUGCAGCAGCCUGGACCCAAGCUCCGACUCUGACCCUUUGGGUCCCGCCGACCCACAGGAAAACCACUCAGACUCGCAGCACGGCCAGCGCCGGGACAACGAGGAGGAGAACGGUCAGCUGGGUGAGGAAGGGGAGGAGGUUGGAGCGGAAGUGAUCCUGGUGGGGGAACACCCUCCCCGGUACCUGUCCCCCACCGCUCUGAAGAAGCACAUCCACAACGAGACCACCAAAGUCAACAACGAGCUAAGGGGGCUCAUCACCAAGGAGAUCAGGAAGCCUGGCAGACACUAUGAGAAGAUCUUCUACUUCCUGAAGCAGAUCCAAGGCACCUUGGAAACGCGCCUCAUUUUCCUCCAAAAUAUCAUCAAAGAGGCAGCCAGAUUCAAGAAGCGUGUUCUGAUCGAGCAGCUGGAGAAUUUGCUGGAGGAGAUCCACAACAGGUCCAACAUGAACCACGUAGAUGCACUCUGACCGACGCCGUAUCCCCCCUCCCCCAUCCCCCUCCCCUCAGCUGAACUUCUAACCAACCCACUAACAAAGAGGACUGAUAUUUUUGAGUCACCACACGCACACGUCAGAUGUGUGGGUUCUCAGCCCGGAUGACGUGAGUACUUCCGCCGUUCCACGAUGACGGACGUGACGGCUUCCCAUGACAUUUUGGACCAUUGGCACAAAUGGGUUGUGGUUUCUGUGAAACCAAGAUCACCCCGCCAAUCCAGAACCUUACGGAGCACUCGUAUGCCCUUGUGUGCCCCCCCCCCCUUUUUUUUUUUUUUUUUUUUUUUUUUUUUUUUUUUUUUUUGUAAAAACCCAAAUACAAGCACACUCCUUGUUAAUGGUCCGACAAAGAAAUUGACAGGACUGACUGGCAGAAAACUGUUGGGCAAAUUGCUUGCUGAUGAUCUACGAACCGGGCUUCGGUUAGUUGAACGAAGUUAACUGAUGUCUUGGAAGCAGCUCACUGGUGACCGACAGGCUGAGUCUCAGACUGGUGCUCAACAGACUGGUGACCAAAGAGCAAACUGAUGUCUGAUAAAUAACUGACUGUUGAUCAACCCACUGCUGACUGGCAACUGACGCUUGACGAGCGCGUGGCUGGUGAUCCACCAAGUGGACGGUUGACAGAGGGUAACUCGGACAGGUCGUGGACAUUGGUGGCCAACCAACAUGUGUUGACUGAAGCUAACUUAUGUGUUGCAAGCAACUGGUGGUCAACCGACUGGUGACUGUCCAUUGACCGAAGGGCAAUUUAUGUCUCAUAUGCAAACCGACGAUCUCAGACCAAUGGUCAACUAAAUGGUGACACGUGGUUGGCCAAAAUGGUGACUGACGAGCAAUUGACCGAGGAGUCGCAGACAACGCAAGGUGAACCGACGGUUGACAGAUGGUAAUUGAUGUCUAGCCGAAAACUACAUGGUGAUGAACAAACAACUUUCAGACUGGUGAACAGGUGACCAAUUGGUCGAGCAAUGGUAACUUAUGUCUCGCAUGUUACUGACUAGUGACGAGCACGGAUGUCUUAAGACUGGUGCUCAACUGACAGGCGACGGAUGGUUGACCAAAGGCAAACCGACAUCUGACAAGCGGUUCACUGGUGACCAGUGGACGAGUGACAGACUGGUGGUCAACCAAUGGGUGACCAGAAUUUUGACCAACUCAUGUCUUGCAAUCAACCAAUUCUGUGCUUUAGACUGGUGGUCAAUCCGUGGGCGGCAGACAGUUGACCGAAAAGUGGUUGGCUGGUGACUCGCUAUUGACCUGAUGGUUGACCAAUGGGAAACCAAAGAGCAAAUGAGCAGCUGGCAACUUCAAAACAAAAAUCAAAAUAACUGGUUGACUGGCGAAUAACUGAGACCAACUUGUUCGCGACAAGGAGACAAGUGACCAACUCACAGCUGACCGGUCACCAAUGGACAACCCAAGAGCAAACAAUUUGCCAACAGGCGACCGUGGAACAAAUGAUCGACGACUGACUUGUGUUAUGCGUGCCACUUGGUGAGCAGAAACAAACGAGGUGAUGUGAUUGGUUGGCGGUUGUUUAACAGGGACAAAAAGCUCAGGAAGUGACAUUUAAUCUUGAAUUCACAUGCACUUGUGUACAAUUGCAGACUUAUUUAAUGUCAUUGAAAAGAGUGCCUGGUUGUAGAUGUGAUUUUCUUUUGGGCGGGUUCUGAAAUAUCCAAACCAUACAUAAGUUGCUUUGCAAUUUCUUUGGACGGUCCCGAGCGCUCCAAACCACGCUAACGUGAUUUGCUUUGUAAUUUCUUUGGGCGGGUUCCGUGAUCGCUAAAACCACGCAAAAAAUCAUUUGCUUUCCAACAUGGACCAAAAUCUGCCAUAGGUGUGUUUAUUUGUUUGUGAGCAGGCUACCAAAAGAGUAUUUUGAAUACACUGUAAAGCUGUACAUAAUUCUAGAGUAAUAUUUAAAAGAUGAUGUCGUGAUGGAGAAAAUAAUAAUGGCCUUUUUGUAAGUAUUUCCAUGAAUAAAAGUCUCUAUUUUACACUGUGAACGGCCACCGUCUUAAUAAAGUCUUGCUAAAGACGCGUA